AAGUAGUAUAGAAAAAUACUAUUAAAAUAAAGCUGAAGUGCACAAGUUUUCAGUGAAAAAGCUCUGAUAAUAAUUAUCUAAUGCCCAUUUUACCACGUUGUAUAGAGACGUAGUACACGCAAUGUGCGGCAACUGGUGGCUGGUUGUCCUGGCGGGUCUGUGCCUGGUGGCGGGCGCCGAGGCCCGGCGGAAGGCCAAGCGGGACGACUUCGAGACCGCCAAGUCCCUCGAGGACGCGGACUAUGACGAGGACGUCGAUGGGGUGGAGCCUUGUCAGUGCGGCGUGUUCAUGUCGCAGCAAGUGGGCAUCAAGGAGGGGCGGCGCGCCAGGCCGCGCGGGCCGCCGACGGGCGAGCCCGUAGUCACCUACGACACGGACGCACCCAGCCUGCCCUGCGGCUCCGCGGGCUUCAAGCACUGCAUCAGCAAAUGCCUCGACGUGAUUCUCAAGUACCUCCCCCGAGCGGGCCCCGUUAUCUGCGGCGCGGUGGAGCGCGACGUGCACCGUGAGAAAGCGUUUCUUUUCAUCAAGAACUGCGGCGGCGACUGGACUCCCACCAACUUCUCGGCCGGCAAGGAGUUCUGUUGCACGGACGGCCAGCACCACAAAUGCUGACAUUGCUGACUUAUACUCCUGAACUCUGCCCUCCGGAACAUCUAGCUCUACGCUUCAACGACAUUUGUCUGUCUCGACCAUUUACCGUCUCGUAUUCCUAUUACACGGAUUAAUUAGUAGUAAUUAGAGUUCAAUUCCUACUAAUGGGGACUCGCGUUCCGAUGUACGAAGGGUUACAAUAAUUUGACGAGAUACAGAGGUUGGCGAAUUUACAAAAAUCGAGGUUUCUGUUAGACUUCUUACCGACGCAUUUCCAACAUUGUUCGAUCCUUAAACUGUCGGGUGCUACUUUAUAAUUAGAAUUUCACUAUUUAUUGUAUGGUGUAUGAUGUGGAACUCUAUUGAUGGAUGAUAAAGUUUCAUUGACAAAUAUGUAGAAUAUAUUAAGGACUCUUGCCACGGCUCUCGUACGUGCUACCCUAGAGAUAUCUAGAAACAUUUGUGAGCAAUUAAAUAUCUAUAAAACAUAGUCAGUAUUUAAUUUUAGAAUUUUAGAUGAAUAAUAAGUGUACAUCAUUUAUAAAUAACAUAAUUGCGAUAACUUUUGUACUUUACUAAGCUGUAAAACGUAGUAUUUAUAAUAUAAAUGACGCAAAACA